CCCAACUUGCAACCACAGCUUCCGACUCCCGACUAACUCCCCACAACACUCGCCAAUCCUUCUUCUCACCGUUACAUCUCCUCCUACCGCAAAGUGCUGGCUCUUCGUAAACCAUUCUUUUCAAACAACACGGAAAAAUGGAUCACAGACCGCAAGCUUGGGGUCGCCCCAGAGAUGACGUCUACGGCGCUUACGAUGCCUCCUUCAUGAACCCCAACGGCCCCAACCAAGCAACACAAUCUCCUAUCGUGACUGGUACCUCCGUCGUCGCCAUCAAGUUCAGCGAAGGCGUCGUCAUCGCCGCAGAUAACCUGGCUUCCUACGGCUCCCUCGCCCGCUUCACCGACGUGAAGCGCCUCCGCACAUUCGCCGACUCCACCGUCAUUGGUUUCGGCGGCGACGUCUCCGACAUGCAGUACCUCGACCGCCACCUGACCUCCCUCGCCAUCGACGAGUCCUACUCGGCGCCCUCCCUCGACUCCGACGCCGGCGGGCCCCCCAAGGCGCGCCUCAACGCCGCCAACCUGCACAAGUACCUCGCCAAGCUCCUCUACGCCCGCCGCUCCAAGUUCGACCCGCUCUGGAACCACCUCCUCGUCGCCGGCCUCGACGACGACGACAAGCCCUUCCUCGCCGCCGCCGACCUCCUCGGCACCACCUUCUCCGCCCCCAGCCUCGCCACCGGCUUCGGCAGCAUGCUCGCCCAGCCCAUCAUGCGCCGCUUCGCCCCCGACGAGGAGGCCGCCGCCCGCCUCACCCGCGAACAGGCCGUCGACGUCGUCAAGCAGUGCAUGAAGGUCCUCUUCUACCGCGACGCCCGCUCCCUAGACUCGUACAGCAUCGCCGUUGUCACCAAGGACGGCGUCGACCUCAAGGAGAAUGAGAAGCUGGAGAACCAGAGCUGGGCUUUCGCUGAGAGGAUCCGCGGCUACGGAACGCAGACGGCUUAAGGGAGGGGUGGUCCCGGUGGUCCUGUGGGGGAAAGAAAGGGGGAGGGACGGAAGGUUCUUUGGAGAAGAGAGCGACCAGAGGCAAGUGGCAUCAGUUGAAGCUUCGAUAAUGUGACAAACGUACACAUAUUGCCAGGGCCCAAGGAAGCGUACCCCGGCUAAGAAGAUGGCUACAGGGUAGAUGGUCGUGAAAAGGGAGCCGUGGGCUUGUAACAUUAAAUGGGAAUAUAUGAGACUCCCUCACAAACCAAACUGCCCAUGACACAAUGAUGACUUUUGAGCAUCACCAGAAGCGCUUCACUGAUGACAGAAUUCCGAUUGAUCAAGUAAAUGCAAGACCAACUCAAGUCAGAGACCCC